UAUUUCUAUACAGGCGCUGCGAGUAGAACCAAAAUGGGUCCUUCGUUUCGAGCGUGUUUUCUGAAAGCUCCUUGCUGCGAAAUGAGUAACGGUGAAUACAAGCUUGUACCUCCGAGUAAAGUUCUGGUAAAUGUAUGUGUUUAUGUCAUGUUUAUAUAUAUCAAAAGGAAAAUCGGAAUUUAAUGAAGCUCAAGAUGAGCUUAGAGGCGUGUCCGUUUUGUGGGAAGCCAUUCAAAAGGCUGAAAUCUCAUCUUCCUCACUGCAAAAUGUCCCCUGGGUCCAAGACUGCCAAAAUCCCUAAAGAAAUAACGAUUACUACUUUUAAACACACAAGUAAUAAGGAUAAGACAAAUAAAGUAAACACUGACACUAAACUGAAUUACCCAACAUUUCAGGCAGAUUCAAAAUAUCCGGUGAAACCCAAAUCCAAAAAAGUUGAAACGGUGAGUGUGGGUAAGGAAUGCUUACAAAACACCUCCUUCACACUCAGAAGCAUUUCAUCCAAAGUCCAAUCACCAGAAGGAAUGAACACAGAAACUUUGAAGCCCAAAACCAAGUGGCAUGCAAAAAGAGAGCAAGAGAUGUUGAAACGAGCUAAACUGCAAACACAGACAAAAAUCAAAUUCACUUCAGUUUCUCAGCAGGAACAGCAUAAUAGUGAAACGUACAAAAACCCAGUAAAAGACAUACCUUUAUUAGAAAAAGACAUAGCCAGUGGGCAACAAAAGCUUAUGGGAACCAGUUUGACCUCUCAACUAUCCACCAACAGCACUGCCUUAGAUCUUUUACAAAGUGUUCCAUGGACCACAUGCUACCAGGAUAAGCAAACUAUGACAAAGUGCAAUGCAAAUACUAAUGUAUCAGUGCAGAUACAAAAUGGCCCAAAGCUGUUGACCAAAGAAUAUAUAUUGGAUUCAAGAAUAAAAGAGCAAGGUGUGUCCGUAUUUCAUACUAAGACUUGUGUGUGGGACCACAUUAAACAUGGACUUCAUAAAAGGAGACAUGACUGUGUUCCAGUGUUAUUUCCCAUAGUUUCAGCACACAAAGUGUCUUUUACUAAGUGUGUAAACAAUUCAGAGUCUGUACUCAAGCCUCAUACAGGGAAUGAUCAAAAUGUUACUAUGAAGAUGUCCCCUGUACAGUUUCCGAUUUCCCAAACCUCAGUCCAAAGGCCAUUUGAAGACGUACUAACCUCACGAUUACAAAACAUGUCCGUUAUGGCAUACUCACCUGAGAUGGCAACAGGUUACGGUGGAACAUUCGUCUUCUCAUCUCAUUCAGAAAUCUCCUCUAAUGAGAGUUUAUUGAUGAAGUGCCAAACCUCCAAGCCUUCACCACAAACCCAAGGUUUAAUGACAAAGCAGAGACUUGGAGAUGUGAGACUUAAUGAGCUGGCUUCUUGGCUUGGUGCACGAACACCAAAAUCACCCAGAGAGGCUGUGACAAUGUUUAACAAAGGUUGGCAGUGGUAUUACAGAAAGUAUCUUGAUGUACAGAAAGGAGGAAUUGGUGGGAUUGCAAUGCUGAUUGGUGGCUACUGUGUCCUGAGUUACAUUUGGAGUUACCCCUACAUCAAGAAACACCGCUGGAGGAAGUACCACUAGAAUAUUUGGAGGACAUUUCUGAACCAUACUGACUUCCCACUACCACUAGAGUAUUUGGAGGACUUCAUAGGUUUUUGAACCAUACUGACCUCAGAGUAUUGCAAUGUGUGAACUGGAUAUUUAUAAAGUAAUUUAUUUAGAAUUUUGUAAUGCAUAAUGAAUUUGUUACAAACUUUGACAUACACAAACAAGUGUGAAUACUAAUAAAUGCUGACUGCAUAUCAAAAUAUAUUACUUAAACACUCCA